GCGACCAAGGAACUUAUCCUCAAGUCCAACUCAAGCCGCCACGUGGCCUUCAUCGCUGCCAGGCAGGUGCAAUGCUACAUCCGCAUACUGCAGUCGGACAACCUCACAAUGGCCGCAAUCGAGGCCUGUGAUUACAAGCUGGUCGACACGUCUCCCCUGGCUUUGACAGUGCCUGCGAUCCCCCUCCCGCCCAACUGCGACGUCUCCGUGGUGGCGGAGCACCCGUGUGACACCGCGUGGGUCACCAAGAACUACCAGGACGUCGCUAAGUACUGGGUUGCAGAGCAAAUUGCCCACGCGACUUGUAUGCCGUGCCUGGACCCAUUUGGAAGCCUCCGCACCAGUGAUAUAGCGCGGAUUAGCGCGGAGGUACGCAGCGGCCUUACAAGUGCCUUUCAUGUGAGAUUUCUGAUGGAGCCACAUUCCGUUGCCAUGCGAAUGACUCUCAAGGUCAGUUCUCCUGAGCCUUGCCUUGGGAUGUCCAGGAAUUCAGCCGCGAGCAUGCUGCGGUUCACGGGCAUGCACGGGCCGUUUCGAUGCUGGCAAGGGUUUCAGAGGCUCCAACAGUUGCAGCUGACCUUCGCAUGGGAGUGCCAAAUGUGCGCUCGAACAGUGCCUGUACCGUGGGGCAGAGGUGUAGUUUCGCGAAGUCACUGA